AUGUUUAUUAGAAAUCAUAUUGGAAUCUCUGAAAUUUUAUUCUACGGAUUUGCAUUUAAAAAUGAGAAGAUUCUUAAAGAAUUUGGUGUAAUUAAAAUUACAUUAAAUUCUCAAUGUCAAUUGGCUUUGAAGAAAAGUCAAAUUUUAUGUAUAUGUUCAACUACACAAAUAAUACCAAAAAUUAGUAAAGAUCAAUCGAUUUAUUCAGUUGAAAAAAAAAAUACCAAAAAAUAUGUUCAACAGCAAUUUUCAAUUACAGAUGAACAAACAUUUUGGUCCUUUCUGAAAGAUUCCCAAAAUAAAUUGGCUCACUCAAGUAUUUCCCGAAUAAAAAAUCAAACAUUAUUCUAUAAAAAAUUCUCAAAAGACACAUUUUCAAUUCAUUCAAUUCCAAAACAAUCAUUACUUCAAUUAGGUGGAAACAAAGUUCUUGAUCAUAUUGUAUCAUCUCUAACAAGAUCAAAUGGACCAGGUGGAAUUUAUCCUCUAUCAAAUAAUGAACACGAAUUAUUUUCUCUCACAUAUCAUCAUCAAGGUGGACCUCUUCAUUGGCUAAUUAUUCCUGUAUAUCAACGAGAACAUCUUAGAAGAAUUAUUAAUGAAGAAAAUCCUUUAAUUUGUCUUGAACAUGGGCGAUUAUUAAUUGACCCAUUAUUCCUUGAUGAACAUCAUAAAUUAAUUCAAUAUCCAAAUCAAUUUGUUAUUUUAUCAACUAGAGUUUUAUCUCAAAGUUUUACAGAAGAUUCAAGUUGA